AUGCACCACAAGCGGUGGGAUCGUUGCUGCGAGCGGGAGAGCAAAGCAGUAACACCUCCACCUCAUCCUAAACGCUGUUGGCUCUCGGACGCGCUUUCGGCUAAAGCAUUAAAGACAAGAUACAACCAAAGAAGGAUCCUAUUUUCUCUCGGACUUGUACAUAUUUUUGGUUGUAAAUCUCCGGACCGUUUACACCUGCAGCAUACUUUUUGUGGGUGA